ACAAGUUCCGCUUCACUUCCCGCCUCCGCCUCUCUGAAGAUUCUCAAACACAGAGAGUUUAUUGCAAGAAGAAACGACACAGAGAGUACAACCAUGGCGACGCCGUACGGCAUCAAAUUCGCCGUCCAUCUCAUCACCUCUCACUUCGGCAAUCUCGUCGCUAAUGUUUGCGAGAAUCUUCUGAGAAAAGGUCCAUUGACGCUCCAACAGUUGAUUCGUUUCACGGAGCUCACUCCUCUGCAAAUCAAGAACUCUCUCCUAAUCCUCAUUCAGCACAACUGUGUUCAACCUUUCUCCUCGGAACAAAUCGGUGCUGGUGGAAAUGAAGUAAAAGUUACCCAGUACUUAGUGUUGUUUGAUAACAUACUCCAUCGCUUGAGGUUUCCCAAAUUCUUGGAAAUCGUAUCCGAGGAACUUGAUAAAAAUUGUGGAGAAAUUCUUGAAGGUUUGCUUCAGCAUGGAAGGCUUACACUUGAACAAAUAUAUGAAAGAGCAAGUGAAGGAGAUAAUGCUGUUCAGGAUGCUGUGCGAGAAAGCUUUCAGAAACUUCUGAAUUCCCGAUUUGUUGAACGUUGCCCGGCCCCUGAACCAUUUGUUGAACCAUCAACUAUAAAAAGUUCAAAUAAGAGAGGUGCUAAGUCUGCUAAGUUAGAUGAAGUCUCGGAGACUGAAGAGCAACGUGUUUUAGCAGCUGCAGCAUCUCUCGACACUUUAAGGUUCUCAAUUUUGACGCCUUCUGGAACUGAAUUUGAUGAAGAUAAAAAAGAUGGGGACAGUUCCUCAAGUAUGGGUGUCGGAGAGAAGCGGAAGCAUGGUGCAGCAGAUUCGGAUGAUGCAUUUGGCUCCAACGAAAAUGAAGUAAUUCUCUGGCGAGCCAAUUUUGAGGAAUUUACUCGGUAUCUAAGGCACAAGGCUUGCAUUGAGAAUGUUAGAGCGCGGCUGGAUGUUGGAGCUGCAACUGUCUUAAAAGCAAUGUUAGAUGCAACUAGGAGUGCAGAGAAGAAAGUGAAAACUGAAAAUUCAGUUUCCCUCUCAAUGGAUACUAUUUUUGAAGAGGUGAUGAAAAGUGAAGCUGGUCGUAGUUUGACUUUGGAUCGUGUCAGAGCUUCCCUUGUUCAGCUUGGUUGUUCAUCCUCUGGGACUGAUGAUACAUACAGUAUCGACUUGAAGCAAAUAAUUGAAUUAGCCCAGAAGGAAGAGGUGGAAUCGAUUGUCUUGAGAAGAUAUGGGAGAGAUGCUUACAGAAUGUUCAGGUUACUGUCAAAGGCUGGUCUGCUGCAAGAAACAGAUAAGAUUGCGGAUAUGACAUUUGUUGAAAAGAAGGAAGCGCCCAAGAUCCUUGGUAAGCUAUGGAAGGAUGAGUACUUGCAUAUGGAGAAAUUUGUUGUGGAUAGAAAUACAACCUUCUACUUGUGGAAAGUGAAUAAACCUAUUCUGUGGCAACAUGUUCUGGAUGAGAUGUACCAUGCAGCCUUGAAUUUGAGCCUACGAGUGAUUCACGAGCUGGACCAGAAGAAAGAGCUAUUAACUAUACCGCCAGAGAAACGUACGGGGCCCCUAGAGAAAGAAUUCAAACGGCUAAAAAACGCGAAGUUUUUCCUGGAAUCAUCACUUAUGAAACUUGAUGACGCUCUUAUGCUCUUCCGUCACUUCUGAUUGUGAGGUUUCUUCUGGUCUCUGAAGAUUUUACUUAAAAUUUGUUGUACGACAAAACAACCAGCGAGGCAAGAAAGAGAAAGAUUUGUGCUUGAUUUUACUUGCAAUUCGCUUGCAAGAAUGACUGAAUUCCUGUGGUGUUCUCGGUAUCUCCAUUCAGAUAAGGUUUGGUGCAGCACCUUCACACCGUUGAUGGAUUUUUAUUUAAUCUGUAGUGG